AUGGACUUUUUUGCAUGAUUUAUUUUUAUAUUGAUAAAAAUUUGGUCAAAAGCUAUGCUUGAUAUUGAAAUUUAUGUAAAUUUAAAUAUGAUUAAUAGUAUUAACAUUUUGAUGCUUGGUUCCUUAUACAUAAAUAAGACAGCCCAAUUUAAGACUUGAUUCUGCAAUAAUAAUUUCAUAGCUCAAUUAAAAAGGAAAAGUAAAUAUUUUCAUCUCCCAUUUAUAAAAGGCUUUUUAAUAGGGCGAGGAUAG